CUGGGAUUAGCAUGAGAUGCUUCCGAUCCUCUUGGCCCUGUCGCUGUGCACGAUAGUCUGCUUCAAAGUUGUGUCCUUCUCCACCAAGACGAUGAGGAAGAUCAUCAGCGAGCCUUCACUGACUGUCUUCGCGACUAGGAAGCACUCACCGUCCCUAUCGUGCCAUCGGAAGAACAGCUCCUCCGUCUCCGUUACAGAUGCAAGGCGUGGAUAUUCUACUGAGCUCUCCGAGUCCAACUUUGCUGGCAACGCUGAGAUCCCGGAAAAUCCUUUGCAUGCCGAACCACUCCGAUGUUCAUCCAGUCACGAAGGGAGAGAGUUGAUCAACAUAAUUCUGCCUGUCAGCGUUGACGCGGUCUUCCAACUCCUCUUCACCGCUUCCAAGUUUCAAAGGGACUUCUUUCUCAUUCGGAAAACUUUCGAUAUCGAGUACGGCCAAUGGAAAGAAGGCGAGAAUGAGGGCGAAAAGAUACGCAAGCUGUCUUACCACGUCCAACUGAAUAAUCCGCUGGGUUCCUUCUGUUACUUCCUUUACUGGAUUAGAAUCCGGGUUGAGUACUUGAACGGCACAACUCAUUCUGCCCAGCAGAACUGCCAGCUAUGCCUGGCAUCAUCACCAGAUUUGCCUCCUCCAUUAGAGACGAGCCAGAUACGCCCUCGCAGUGGCCUGGUGAGGAGCUUCAAGAUGUUCACUUCACUACGAGCGAUGAGGGAGUAUUUGGUUAUGAGUAAGAAGAGUCUCCAUGAUUUGGUGCAAGAGGUGGAUCCCCAUGAACAGCUGGAUGAGGAUGUGGAGGAUGCCCUCUUGCAGAUUGCUGAUCAGUUCAUUGAGAAUCUGGUAUCCUCUUCCUGCAUGUUGGCAAAGCAUCGAAAGUCAUCUUCCCUUGAAGUACAAGAUGUCCAACUUGUUCUGGAGAGGCACUGGAAUAUGUGGAUCCCUGGAUUUGGAACAGAAGACAUAAAGUCAGUGAAGAAGUCUGCUUCAACUGAGGCUCACAGGCAAAGAAUGGCCAUCAUUCGCAAGACUCUUAAGAAAUGAUGAGAACUUCCCUCCUUUUAGGCUAUUGUUUUUGCCCUCUUCCUGGAUCUCAGCACAAAGUUCUCCAGGAUAUUUGGAGAGGUGUGUCAAUCCGGUCAUAUGGAGCUGUGAGAUCCUGUUGUCAAGUUCCUGAUGAAUGGUAAUCUCAGACUGUAUUCAUGGCCAGAAUUUUUUUUUCACAAACUGAAUUGUGAUGGGCACUAAGGGAUGAAGUGGAAACUGGAAAUGACAAUGAAGGGAAUGAAUCAUGCUGCUGUUUUUUAUUUUCAUUUAGAUAUUUUGUUGACACUUUUUCUUUUGUGGUUAUGUGUUUCAGAUGAAAGUUUUUUCUCCCA